UUGACGUCUUCUCGGCUACUCCACAGCGUCGGCAAACACAACACUGGCGAUAUGGUCAUCUCCGCAGUCAUGAAACAUGCAUUGUUCUUUCCAUGUGUGGAAUUAUAUUGAAAUAUUAAUGGAAAAUCAUGAUAUCUUUAGGAAUGGUUUCAAGUUUUUGUUGAUUUUCUUCUCGCCGAUCGCCGUUUGUGGGCUAUGCCGUGACACAGACGCCAGAUGCUACCCCGCCGUGGGGGACCAGGGCUGGUACGCGGAGUGGUGCGACGGAACCCACUCCUUCGUCAUCAACGGUUGUCCUUACAUGUGUGCCCUAUGCAAGCACGAGCUGUACACUGAAGCUAAUCUCUACUUCCCGUUCGAUGAGAUCAAGGCUGGAGCUUUUUCAGAAAGUCAAACAAAGGGCCUCCGGCAAACGGAAGUGGUCAGUGAGCACGUGACCGUUGACCCUAGUGGGCGGUCUGGCGGGAUGCUGUCCAUCAAUUCUUCUGAAUGCCUGGACAUUGGCUCGUUCGCUGGGACGUGCGUGAGCGACCCAGGGCUCUGCUCAUCAGGAGUGACAUAUGGCUUCUUCUUCAACAUGCUGCGCGCGCCGGACUCUGACAUAACCAUCCUUACUUCCGGGGCACACGGACCGUCUCGGGGGGUGUACUUCGGCUACAACGCGUCAAGCAGCGAGUUCCAGAUGACGCUGAAGACUUCCACAGCCGUAUACAGCGUACAGAUUCCUGAACACAACAUAAACCUUACCCGGACUCUGCUAGUGCACCUCGCUUUCACCUGGAGCCCAUCUUCAGAUGUUAAGGUGUAUGUUGAUGGAGAUGCUGUGAAGUUCGCCACGGCAGUGAACCAGCCGACAAUGAGCGACUCCUACAACAAGCUCAUGAUUGGCUGCAAGGAGUUAGGUGACAAGUGGGGCGAGUACCUCAAGGUGGAUGAGCUGGCGUUGUGGAGGCGGGAGCUGACUGCGAUGGAGGUCCGCAUGAUCAGCCACCCAGUUUCAGAUGUGGACACGAGUACCGGAAGUACGCCGCAGCCUACAACAAUGGCCGCCAGUCAUCACGUGACCACCGCCGUCGUGAACACCCCGGACACGUUGUCAGCGUUCCUGGCGUUCAGCAGCAGCGUCAAGGAAACGCUGAACAGUAGCAGCGUGGUGGACGUCAGCAACAUCCUCGACAGUCUGUCCACAACAUCGCUCAUAGGAACCCUCUCCAACGACGACACCGCACACCUGAUCUCGAGCGUCAGCGACAUUGUCGACACCCUCCUGCGGCCCGACAACCACGACAUCUGGGAACAUGUCUCAGAAACUGACCCCGGGGUGCUACCGUCUCUGGUGCAGUCUGUGGACAAUGUCCUGGGGAAGAUCACCGACCACCUCCUCGACGGGGACACCGACAUCAACAUCCAACACAGGAGAGACAACUUCGAAGUGACCGUUAAGUCCGCCCUGCAGCCGGUCGAGCGCCUGACCUUCAUGUCAGAGGGUUCCAUGGUACUGUCCACCCAGGCAGACAGGAACGUCGCGCUCGUCAGCAACGUCUUCAGGGGCAUCGGCGAGAUCUUCCCCACCGACUACAACGCUACCUGGGCGGAAAAUACGUCAGGUGCCGAAAUAAAAAUUAGCAACCAUAUUGUGGGCGUGUCCUUGUAUCCUAGCAACACGACAGACCAGAAACAGAUCAACUUGACCUUCAGCUUGUCCCAACCACAUAAUUAUACUGUCAUCCCAAAAUGUGUUUUCCUGGAUUUUGGAGACAGAGGCCAAGACGAUUCCAGAUGGUCAGACAUUGGAUGCAGCACAAUUGUCAUGGAUACUGGAGUUAUCUGCUCCUGCAAUCAUCUGACAAACUUUGCCAUAUUGAUGCAGGUCGUUGCUGUCGAGCUCUCCUCCGUCGACGAGCAGGCGCUGGAGGUGAUCACGUUUGUGGGGUGCACGCUGUCACUGCUGGGUGCGAUACUCACCGUCCUUACAUUCCUGUUUCUCAAGAUCUACACAGACCGGGUUCUCAUCCAUCUCAAUCUGGCAGUGUCCAUCAUCGGCGCCCAGAUCCUGCUGCUGAUGGAGGAGGCCAUUGACCGGGGAACGUCUGCGUGUGUGGGGGUGACGGUUCUACUCUACUACUUCAACAUGGCGGUGUUCAGCUGGAUGCUGGUGGAGGGGGUGCAGCUGUUCAUACAGAUUGUCGUCGUCUUCACCGCCGAGAGCCGGAUGAAGGUGUUCUACACUAUAGGAUGGGGGUUGCCGUUCCUGGCCGCCGGUGCGCUUCUCCCGGUGUUCCACGAGAAUCUCGGACAGAUGGGCGUGUGUUGGUUGUCUCCCCUGGAUAAUUCGAUCUGGGCAUUCGCUGUGCCUGCAGUCCUUGUUGUCUGUACCAACCUGAUCAUCCUGAUGUUGGUGAUGCGGGUCAUCCUCAGCCUCAGUGUGGCCAUGGAGGAGAACAAGAUCCGCAGCAUCAAGACGGCGGUGAAGGCGUCGUUGCUGUUGCUGCCGCUGCUGGGCUGCACGUGGCUGUUCGGGGUGUUUACCUUCUCCGGGAAGACGGUGGUGUUCCAGUAUCUGUUCGCGGCCACAAACUCCCUGCAGGGUCUGCUGCUGUUUAUCUGUCACUGCAUCUACAACAGUGAGGUCAGAGACGUAUUCCUACGCCGCAAAUCGUCCUGGGACCUGUCACGACAGUUGAAGACGCACAACAAAGUAGAGCCGAUAUCCGACAUCAGACCAUCUUCAUUCAAAGCGAGGCCUGCAGUCCAAACAAGACAACCCGGAGACAGGGUUAUCACUCCGCCAACGGGGUCAUCUGUCGUAGGAUCAAACCCGGAAAGUGACACAUCAAAAACCGGGCGGAGAAAAAGUAGUCCCGCCCCGAUAAGCGUUGAAUCAGUCAGUAAAUAAAGGUCUCUGUUUUUGAAGGGAGAUACUAUUGAUAUAUGUACCCGAUCUUGUACCAGUGAGACUAGUCUAAUUGUAAAAACACACUUAACAGUACAAUAACCAUUGUGUGGUUUAUGUCUCAGUGCGUAGUCACACAAUGUGGUACUGAGGCAGUAGCUUGUCACGACGAAUACAUGGGUUCGAAUCCCAUGAGGGUACAAUGUGUGAAAACAUACUUGAUGCCCUUGUCGUGACAUGACUGGAAGCGGCGUUAAACAAAACUCACUGGAUGGAGUCAUUCGUGACUAACUCGUGUUAUUUCAGGACAAGCCGAAAAGCGACUCGUACCCCUCUCGUGGGCUUUUUGCGACUGGGUUCCGUCUAACCGCAAACGGGCAUAUAUAGCAAAAAGAAUUGACAACUCGUUGCGUAAUGAUUCACGUAUAUUUCCCCUAUAUGUCGUAUAUAUUCCAGAUGCUAUUGAAACACAUCGGAACUUACAGUAUUAUACAGUAUGAUUAAACACAUUUAACUGU